AAAGAUGGCACCGUUCACAGAGCUUCCGACACGGGAACGAAAGCGUCCCUAAUCGACUCUCAGCUGGACUUUUAAACUCAUCAUGCCGCGUUACACCAGGCUCCUGCUUAUAGUUUUGUGUUUGAUCCUCAUCGGGGAAUGCCGGAAACACAAAAGUAGAAAAAAGCGUUGGUCUGCACCGGUCGAGACUCACAAGCCAGGAAAGGAAAUUGCUGGAAAGCCUGACACUGUUGCUGUUGGAAGGACAGCCUCAGAGACCAGGAUGGUGGAUGGUCCUCUAUCAAAGAAAGUUGUGGAUGGAACUAAAACCCGAAAGGUAAAGACCAGCCACCUCCUACGCAUUGAUGAACAUGAUUUCACCAUGAGGCCCGCAUUUGCAGGUCCAGCUGUCCCUGUUGGAGUGGAUGUUCAGGUGGAGAGUUUGGACAGCAUAUCAGAGGUUGAUAUGGACUUCACCAUGACUCUAUACCUGAGGCACUACUGGAAAGAUGAAAGGCUUGCCUUCCCAAGCUCCACAAACAAAAGCAUGACCUUUGAUGGCCGCCUGGUGAAGAAAAUAUGGGUGCCUGAUGUGUUUUUUGUCCAUUCUAAAAGGUCCUUCAUCCACGACACCACCACUGACAACAUCAUGUUAAGAGUCUUCCCAGAUGGUCACGUUCUGUACAGCCUGAGGGUUACCGUUACUGCAGCUUGCAACAUGGAUUUCAGUCGUUUCCCUCUGGACUCACAGACAUGUACAUUGGAGCUGGAGAGCUAUGCUUACACAGAUGAGGACCUGAUGCUUUAUUGGAAAAGUGGUGAUGAGUCCCUGAGCACAGAUGACAGGAUUUCUCUGUCUCAGUUCCUGAUUCAGAAGUUUCACACUACCUCCAGGCUGGCUUUCUACAGCAGCACAGGUUGGUACAACCGUCUGUACAUCAACUUCACUCUGCGGCGUCACAUCUUCUUUUUCCUGCUGCAGACCUACUUCCCUGCCACUCUAAUGGUCAUGCUGUCCUGGGUGUCCUUUUGGAUUGACCGCAGGGCUGUCCCUGCCAGAGUCUCAUUAGGUAUAACUACAGUGCUCACCAUGUCCACCAUCAUCACUGGAGUGAAUGCUUCUAUGCCCAGGGUCUCCUACAUCAAAGCUGUGGAUAUUUACCUUUGGGUCAGUUUUGUCUUUGUCUUCCUUUCUGUGCUUGAAUACGCUGCUGUCAACUACCUGACAACUUUGAGGGAUGGUAAAGACCGCAAGCUCAGAGAAAAAGACAAGGAACAGACACUCCCCUGUACCUGUGGCAUUCCCCACACCAAGACCAUGAUGCUAGAUGGAACAUACAGUGAGGCAGAUGCCAACAGCCUGGCAGGGUAUACCAGAGCCUCCAUGGUCACUGAGGAUACAUCAGAUAAACAGGAGCAGAUAGUAGUGCAUCUGUCCUUGGACAACGAGUCCACUGGCACCAAGAAAAAGGGCAUCCGCGGCUUCCGGAUCAUUCAGAACACCCAUGCCAUCGACACAUACUCUCGCAUGAUCUUUCCAGGCGCGUACAUCCUCUUCAACUUGAUCUACUGGUGUGUGUACUGCUGAGAAUUUUAGCUGAAACUAUAGCAGUGAAAGAAAAUUAUGGUGAAUUCAUUCUGUUGAUCUCAAGGUAUAAGGUAUACUUAUGCAAGUAAAGUUUGGUGGGAUGACCUAGAAUUAUCAAAAGCUUCUGGGUAUGAAUAUCUCCACAUCUGCCUAACUUCACUGCUGGAUUGGAUAUUGAAUAUAAAUUAUAGACCAUUUUUUCCUGUCUCAGAGUCUAAUAUGUACCCUAGUGACACUCAGAACAACCUCAUGGGGCUGGUUGCAUAUUCAAUCUAAAAAAAAAAAAAAGUCUAAUCCUAAAAAGUUUGCCACAACAUUCCCAGGGUAAAUGUACCCUUGACUUGCUCACAGAGGUGACUGCCAGAUAUUUUUUAAAUGGUAAAUGGACUAGUUCUUAUAUAAUGCUUUUCUACUCAGUCUGAGCACUCAAAGCACUUAUACAGCAUGUUUUACAUUUACCCAUGCACACCCAUU